GCUUGCUGGAAACCGCCUAGCAGAAAUUUAGGUUUGAUGCUUAACCCACAGGUAUGGCGGUCAAGGUGCAAUUUGAGAUUGGCCACACGUCGAAGCUGCGCAGCAAGAAGACACCUCAUCCGCAGUCCUUUACCCAUGAUUGGGAGAUCUACGUCCAGGGCGUGAACAAGGCGGACAUAAGCGCGUUUGUAGAAAAGGUUGUGUUUCUGCUGCACGAAUCCUUUCCCAAGCCGAAGCGCGUCUUUAAGGAACCUCCGUAUGCCCUUCAGGAAUCUGGAUAUGCCGGCUUUUUGCUACCCGUUGAAAUACACUUUCGCAAUCGCGAUGAUCCCAAGCGAAUAACGUACCAGUACGAUUUGAGCUUGCAGACUACGGGGCCUCCGCAGCAUCGAGUCCAAGUAAAGACUCACAUCUUCGAGGCCCCGUCGGAGGAAUUCCGGGCGAAGUUGAUGCGCGGAGGUGGUGUGCCGGUAUUUGGUGCUAACGUAGCCACCAGCAAUAUCGCUCGAACCCUUUCCCCCAGCGUGGCUGGAGCUGACGCAACUUCGAACAACGAAAUUGGGGUCGUCAAAGGCAAGGGUGGUUCUGCAGCAACAUUGACCAAUGCCGAUCUUGGGGCAGGAAAGAAGCACAAGUCGAGAAAUGAAGACCCUGCUAAAAGCAAUGCCUUCUCUGCCUUGUUUGGCCCUCCCAUAACAAAGGGAAGUGCCUCCGCCAAUAAUCUAGCCCCGGUGCCCGCUACCAAGCACUCACCUGAGGGCAAAAACUUGCCGGGCGGAGGCGGUGGCAAAAGUGGGUCUCACGACGGAGGUAAAGAGAAGACCAGCAAGGAGCGCGACAAAUCUAGUGGAGGGGACAAGCCACGUGAAAAGGACAAAAAGGAUCGGCACGGCCGCGACAAGGACCGAAAGUCCAGCAAAUCUGGCGACAGCAGCAAGCAUGAGCAUAAAGAGAAAUCCAAAAAGGAUAAGACACGAGACAAAGAACGCGAUCGUGAUCAGAGCUCUAGCAGUACGGCCUCCUCCGCGGUUGCAACGGCUGCUAUCGCAGCUGGCGUGACAGCGGGAUCCUUGGCAAAGCACACGGCGAGUCCGAAACCUGGAAAGCCCACUGAAAUGAGUGCCCCCAGUCCCAAAAAGACAGCAACUGAUUCCACUACCGCGGCACCACUCGCAUCGCGUUCCAAGGAACGCGACGAGCACAAAUCGGGAAAGUCCGAAUCAAAGGACAAGGAACGUAGCUCAGGCAAGAAGUCAAAAAAGGAUAAGAAGGACAAGGAUAAAGAUCGGGACCGCGAUCGGGAAAAGCAACGUGAUGAGCACAAGGACAAGCGACUGCCAAAGGAUGAUCGAAUCGGCCAAACCGAUAGUCCGGCUGGGGGGAAUACUCUAACUGUUUCUCAGCAAUCCCAUGUAGCUGUCACAGGAAAAGCCACGCCCACUUCUGUGGGAAGUAAUAGCAGCAGCAGUACGGUCUCCAGUAAGCACAAGGAAGAUGCCACUGGUGGAAAACAUCCUGAGAAGCCAACGGAAUCUAAAACGGACAAAGGUACCAGCAAUGGCAAUGCUUCCGAGCCAAAGAAAUCGCACAAACAUAAGAAAAAGGAUAAAAACAAGGAUAAGGACAAAGACCGUAACGAUCGGGAUAAAGAAAAGGACAAGGAGCGCGAUAAGGAUAAACCAAAGGAGCGAGAAAAAGACAAGCAGCAAGCAAUAACCACAGAGAAGCCAUCACUGACUGAGCCAUCGCCCAAAACCGGGGGAGCCAGUCCUUCCACAGAAGGUGCGGCCACAGACAAGACCGUGUCCAGUGCCAAUGCCAGCAACAGUAGUAGCAAGAAGGAGAAGCACAAGAAAUCCAAGGAGAAAUCCAGUAAAGAUGAAAAGCGGCCACGAGAUGCAGCGGGCGACAAGGAUCCGGAUGCUAAGAACGAUUCUAAGCAACAAGCACAAAGUAAGGCGCCCAGCAACUUGGAUCUCAGCGAUGUGGACUCCGCUCAGUCGGCACCCGAUUUAGCAGCCACCACCGCACUUGCCGCCGCUGCAGCAGCCACACUCCAGCACUCAGAUAGCUCAAACAGCAGCUUCCCCGACUUGCCAGCGAGAAGCAGCAUAAACAGUCAACAAAAGCCAUCGAAAGCCAACACAGGAUCGGGAAAGGAUACCAAGCCGGCUGGAAACAAAGAGCAUAAGGCUAAGUCCAAACAGAGUGAAAAGGCUGGCAACAAGGCGGAAAAAGCGGACAAGCCGACUGAGAAUAAGUCGGAGAAAAUGGAAAAGCCUGAAAAAGAGGAAAAGACGCGCAAUCGUAGAAGCUCACAGAACAGCAACAAUGGCGGAGGCUUCAUAGAACCUCCAGUAAAAUCAACAAAGAAGGAGCCGAAUAAGGCGCCUAGGGAAAAGUCUAAGUCACCCUCUCUGCGGCCUCCGAGGGAAACCAAUUCUUCGGGACCAGGUUCUGGAUCGGGAACUCCCAAUGCUGCAUCUGGGGGCUUCCUGCAACCGCCACAAUCUUCGCCAGGCACCAAUCAUACUGGGGCUGUGGGAGCUGCGCCCAACAUGAACAACCACAAUGCGAAUAAUAGCGGCCACUCACCGGCAGAUAUUAAUACUCCCGCUCAGCUACAGCUGCCGACGGAGUAUCUUAGCGAGCUGCAGGAGCUUCACCACAAAAUCAUGACACUGCAGGACAACGAGGAGCUGCAGCACGUGGUGGAAAUGAUUGCGGCGACUGGCUGCUAUGAGAUCACGCACAAGACGUUCGACUUCGACCUGUGCAAGCUGGACCGCAGCACAGUGCAGCGGCUGCAGGAGUUCCUAGCCACGUCGGUGUCGUGACAUGGUCAUCUGGCCAAUAGCAACACAUCCAACGCCACUGGACAGGCUCUCUACAGCUAGACGAUGCACAAACCCCUCAUGCACACAACCAAAUCAUUAGGCUUAGAGUUAGAGUUGUAAACCAAAAGCCAAGUAACCGGGCUUAAUAACAGCCUCAAUUCCUCGAUUCCUCUCCCACACUAGAUCCUAAGUUGUUGGCCCUAAGGGUUCAUGAAAUCCAAAACAUUUCGCUCAUGGAAGCACCAAAAUCGACCUUUAGUUUCUGAGACUAAUUUAGUUUAAGACGUAACUUCCUAUGUUCAUUUGGUUUCCUAUUCGGUUGUAAUUUUCAUUACUAUUUUAUAAACCUUUUUUUAGACGUUGCUUAAAAUAAAAGCGCCUUUAAUUUAUUGAGUUUCGAAUAAAUUACUACUUUUGUACGAUAUUUCCGUA